AUGUUGCGUCGUCUCCGUCCACCGGUGUUCGAAGUUUACGCGGAUCGUGACGUCACAGAGGCGCUCGGUGUGUCGUUAGAUUAUAAACCCUUGGGUAGUGGCAGUUCCUCAAAGGUCUAUCGAGCUACGGAUGUGAACAACCCUGACAACAAAAAAGCUAUGAAGCUUCUUGCUUUCCUUCUCGAUGAAAGGGAUUCUGAGGAACUAGGAAAUUUGCUUGAGUUUGAGGCAGAAGUCCAAAUUCUUCAAAACGUUCGUCAUCCCAAUAUUAUAAAAAUGGAGAGAGCUGUUAAAUGUCCCGAUGAAGUCGCCAUUUUGAUGGAGUUGCACCGCUCCGAUCUGUCCCAUGCUGUCUGCGAUAUCUCGACCGAUGAGGCUAGCCGCUACUUCACCCAGUUAACAGACGCUGUGUCUUUUCUCCACCAACACCGCAUCGUACACGGCGACUUGAAGCUGAGAAAUGUGUUCAUCAGCCACUGCGGAAACGCUGUACUAGGGGACUUCGGACAGGUUCAGGUUCUUCCCAAAAACUCAAACAGAUCCAGGCGUUGGGGAGGCACUCUGCACUACUGGCCACCGGAAUACGACGAAGGCGAGCCAGUUGAUGACGUUUUUAAACUUGAGAGCUACUCUCUUGGACUCUGUCUCUGGGCCUUGCUGUUCCGUAAAGAACCUAAGUCGGGAAUAGACUUUCUACAGAAGCUCAAAGACAAGGUGUUGAUUCCAGACUUGCACAGACAAUGCGUUGAACGUCUGUUAUGCCCCUCGCCAUCAGAUCGAACGACAGUUGUGGAAAUCCAACAACUACUCCGAGCCCAUCAACAGCCAAAAUCUUGUAACCCGCCAGACUCGGUUGGGGAAAUGCAACAACUGUUCCACGCCCAUCAACAGCCAAAAUCUCGUAACCCGUCAGCUUCGGUUGGGGAAAUUCAACAACUGUUCCGCGCCCAUCAACAGCCAAAAUCUCGUACCCCGCCAGCCUCGGUUGGGAAUAUUCAACAACUGCUCCCCGCCCAAGAACAGACAGAGGCUCGAGACCCGACAGACGCUGCAGACCCUUCUCCCGUCCCUCCGCCAGCUGCAAGUUGUCUUGGACAUUCACAAAUCAGAGAACGCUAUAGGAAUAAUUCCUUGAAAAGCACAGCCCGAAAACAAAAGUUGAAAACUGUCAGUUGA